AUGUCGAUGUUUCCGAACACUGUUCGAGCCCCUUUGGGCUCCGCGGUGUCGAGACUUUCGCACACAGUAACCAAGAGUAACACAAAUCCAAUAGCCAAGCUACCUAAAACGGCCAGUAUUUCGCUGCUCCGGAAAACCUCCCCAGAAUUACAGUCGUUUAAUGCGAGGAUUGCAGCUGUCAGUUGUCUAGGAAGGAGAAAUUAUCAUACUGAUAUCCCACAACCAGACUUCUCCAAGUACAGGUCAAUGACCUCACAAAAAUCCAAUGUCCCCAGGGAGACCAAUGACAGCACACGAAAGGUCUUCUCCUAUACUCUUGUGGGAGGAGUGACGGCUGCCACGGUGUACAUGGGCAAGGAGAUCGUACAGGAUUUGGCUGGUUACUUGGACAUUAACGAUGCGGCCAGGGCCAUGGCCAUCACAGAGAUCAAGAUGUCGGACAUCCCUGUGGGUACAAGCAUUUUGACUACCUGGAAGGGUAUGCCGUUGUUUGUCCGCCACCGAACAGAGGAGGAGGUGAAGACCGAGCAAGCUGUGGACCUUCUGUCCCUGCGUGACCCUCAGCACGAUUCCGAUCGAUCUUUCAGACCUGACUGGAUGCUAUUGAUUGGAGUCUGCACACACUUAGGAUGUAUCCCUCUGCAGGACCAGGGUAGUUUUCCUGGUGGGAUGUAUUGCCCCUGUCAUGGUUCUCACUAUGAUGCCUCAGGCCGAAUCCGAAAGGGACCUGCACCCCUAAAUCUUACUGUGGCCCCUCACAAAAUUAAAGGAGAAUACAUCAUUGUAGAGUAAAGCAGAAUUUAGGAAGAGAUUUAAUAUGUGUGUUUAUGAACAUGAACAGUUUAUGGUGGUAAUUGUACAAAACAUCAAGAGCGAAUGAAUACAACAGCUUCAAGAAAAUCUUAAAAGUUAUGUUUUGUUUUUACUGUGCAUUAAAUUAUGUUUACGGAUA